AGAACGCUAUAGAAAACUGGCCUUGGAAUAAAGCUGACAUCAUAAUAGCAAAUGUCUUGGCGGAAAACUUUACAACUAAGGACAUGGUUAAUUUUUUAAAAGAAGAAGCAAUACAAAAUAUCAAAAACCGAAGCCAGAUAGUAGAUGGCUUACCAGGAGAUGCCUGGGCUUGGAUGAAGACUAAUAAGGCUCAAAUAUAUAAACUCAGAGAACUCGGGUGU